GGCUGUUUGGCGCUUGUAAGCUUCAUAUAAAGUCCCACCGCAGGCAUCAUCGCUCUCAGAUCUCAGUCACAAAGUUUCGCGACUUCUUGCGCUCUCUCUCUCUCUCUAUCUCUAUAUCUCUCUAUCUUUCUCUCUCGCGUACAUCAAGUAUAUCUUACAACGCGUGUACGGGGAUACAUACGCGCAUUAUGUAGUGUGUGUGUGAUAGUUUUAUUUUUGGUCGCUUUUUGAUUUUGGCCCCGCUCGUAAUUAUAUACACACACACGUACAUUAACGCGUUUACAGUAGCUGCUACAUAGGUAGCUCGUACACGUGCACGUGCGACACGAUCUCGGCAGCUCUCAGUUACGAUCGACUCGCGUGUCGAGAAACACGAGUGCGUUAAGUGGUGAUCAGUGGACGAUCUCGGGAUACAUAUCGGACUCCGUUAUGUGGGCUUUGGGUCCUAGGAGACGAAAUUUGUGAACAAAAAGGGGAUAAAAAUUAACGGGACUUCUUGCCCACGCUUGUGAAUAGAUAUAAUUUAUACACUAACGUAACGUAAGAGGAGCACAAAGGGACUUUAAUUAGUCGCGAAUCUGACUGAUACCUUUGUCCAAAAUAAAAGCCAAAGGAGACAUGACGCUGCAACAGGAGAAAAAGGCCGAGGAGGGCACGGAGGGGACCAGGCCUCGCAUCGAGACCUUCGACGACAUACUGCCUUACAUCGGCGAAGCCGGCCGCUAUCAGUGGUUCCUGUUCGUCAUACUGCUGCCGUUCACCUUCGUCUACGCUUUUCUCUAUUUCGCCCAGUUCUUUAUCACCCUCGUGCCCGAGGAGUACUGGUGCAAAGUGCCGGAGCUCAUGAACGCCAAUCUCACCGAUGAACAAAUACUCGCCCUUUCAGUGCCGCCACCACAAUUCGAAGAAUUGAACGGCGACCAUCCGUCCAAUUAUUCGCGAUGCUCGCAAUACAUCACGAAUUGGGACGAGGUGCUGAGGUCCGGCAGGACCGAGGCCGAUCCGUCCUGGACGAUCGGCAAGUGCCAGAACGGCUGGAGCUUCAAUCUCACCAACGUGCCGUAUCUGUCGAUCGCCGCCGAGCUCGAAUGGGUGUGCGACCAGUCGUACCUGGGCACGACGGCCCAGUCGGCCUUCUUCGCCGGCAGCAUCGUCGGCGGUCUGAUCUUCGGCUACAUAGCCGAUCAUUACGGCCGCCUGCCCGCCCUCGUGCUCUGCAACGGGGUCGGCUUCUUCGCCUCGAUCGGCACGGCCUUCUGCACGAGCUUCUGGUCGUUCGUCCUGUCGCGCUUCAUCGUCGGCACGUCGUUCGAUAACUGCUUCAACAUCAUCUUCAUCAUCAUCAUCGAGUACGUGGGUCCGCGCUACCGCACCCUCAUGGCCAACAUGUCGUUCGGCAUCUACUUCGCGUUCGCCUCGAGCAUACUACCCUGGAUCGCCUACUGGGUCUCCGACUGGAAGAUCCUGAGCGUGGUGAGCGCGCUGCCGCUCGUCGUAGCCUUCGUCACGCCCUGGAUCGUCCCCGAGAGCGCCCGCUGGUACAUCAUGAACGGCCGCGUCGACAAGGCCAUCGAGCUGCUCAAGAAGUUCGAGAAGGUCAACAAGAAGACGGUGCCGCCGGAGGUGUACGAGGAGUUCGCCAGGAGCUGCGACACGGCCAUGAAGCAGAGCGACAAGCAGGCCGGCUACAAUUACACCGUCGUCGAUCUAUUCAAGCUGCCCAGGCUCGGGCGCAUUACCACGAUCCUCGUUAUAUACUGGCUGGUAAUGAUCAUGGUGUUCGACGGCCACGUCUGGAACAUGAAACUUUUGCACUCGGACGUGUUCACGUCGUUCUCGCUGGCCUCCAUCACCGAGCUGCCUGCCGCCCUCAUUCUCGCCCUCUUCCUCGACAGAUGGGGUAGGCGCUGGAUGGGCUUCUUCUCGAUGGUGCUCUGCGGCGUCUUCUCCUUCGUCGCUCUCGCUCUGCCCAAAGGUGCAUGGGCCAUGUCGAUGGCUAUUUUUGCGCGUCUCGGCGUCAACAUAUCGGCCAACAUCGGUUUUCAAUACGCCGCCGAGAUGUUGCCCACCGUCGUUCGAGCUCAGGGAGUAUCGCUGAUUCACAUUAUCGGCUACUUUGCCCACAUCGUUGGCCCGUACGUCGUUUAUUUGGCCAAGAUCCACGCCGCGUUGCCGCUCAUAGUGUUGGGAACCCUGUCGCUUAUCGACGCCGCUCUUACGCUCACUCUACCCGAAACUUUGGACCAAGAACUGCCCGAAACGCUCGAAGAGGGCAACUCCUUUGGCAAAGAGCAGAGCUUUUGGUGGUUCCCCUGCAUCAAGAGCUCGCAGGAAAAAAGAAAGAAGUAUCGAAGGAAACUUGGCGCGACGAACGCUGGCUUCAAUCCAGGCAGCUUGCAGAGGAUCGAAUCAACGAGAUUAUAAAAAAAUAUGUCUCCUUUUUCGGUACUACGCGCUUGCCAGUCUUUUCACACUUCGUUUCUUGUCACGAACGAACUUCGCUAAAAAAAGUCAUGUUAAGCGCCUUUACGAUCGGCAGUAUUCUAUGAUACUGACAGCCGCUUUUCUGCGGCUUUGUUGAACUGUGACCGUUGUUUAUGCAAUUCCAACGUGUUACUCCAUUUAAACGAAAAGCGCAGUGAAAGAUGAAAGUAAUGGAUUAACAGAAUAAUUAAUAGAUAAUCGACGGCUUUUUACAGUGAUAUUUUACUUUGACUCGCGUUUUUAAAUUGCUUGUGAUCAAUUUAUAUGAAAAACUCAAACAUCCAUACAAAUUUAUAUACACAGUUCAAACAUAUCUGACGUACAUUAACUUAUACGAGACAGAACAAACUAGUAUGUGCUAAAACUGUAAUGGUAAAGUUAGAUUUACUUUUUGCUGCACCAGAUCCAGACGUUAAUGUAAAUUCAAUUGUGUGACUUUGCUUUCUCAUUGUAACUAUUAAUCAUUACAAUACUACUCAUUACGUGAGAAACUGUAAAAAAUGAAAAUACUGUAAUAAUAAGAUUUCGCCGCUAUCGCGGCCAUUUUUUGAAAAUGAAACAAUAAGCACUUGACAAUACGAUAUUUUUGAUCGUUAUUAACAUUUUUCAGAGCUCAAUCGACUACGACAAUAAUUUGGGCAAAGCUCGAAUUUUAUUCGAUACUUGUUACGAUUAAUUUACGUGAGAUUUAUGUGCAUGCAAUAAUUGGCACCGCAGGAUAAUUUUUACGAAUUGCGAUGUUGAAAGUAUUACACAAAAAAGACUGAUGAACUUUUCGUGAGACCCGAUGAUCAGGAUUCUCGAUAACGUUUCAGUGUGUAAAAAACAAAAAAAAUUCAAAUAGUGCCAGAUGCGUUUUAUAAAAAAAAAUUAUAAUCAGAAUGUAUAAAAAAAUUUUUAUAAAUUGUUUUCUAUGUUAACAGUGAUGUUUCGUCUAACAGAAAUAUAAAAGUAUGAUUCGCGUACUUACGAGAGCACGGCGCUCCCUCUUUGUGCCUUAAACCUCGAGGCGAAUUAAUUAUCAAUGACAUUCCGCGAGUGCUGUAUAAUACAUGUUCGCAUCGAAAUACUUUCUAGGACAAGGAAAAAACUUUAGAAUAUUUAAAAAAUAGUGUUAACUUUGUAAAAGUAUUUGCAUUGAAACGCGAAAAAAUUCGAAAUAAGAGUGAUUUCCGUGAGUGCUGUGAGUGUACAUGCGAAUUAACAUUGUUACAAAUCAAUAGGAUAUAAAAAUAAGAUACUAACGAAGUGCCUUGAAAUUAAUCACAACGAUUUUUUUCCGUUGAUCUAUAGUCUACCUAGUAGAGCUUUAAGAAAAAAAAUAGGCUAAUUAGGAAUCAUCGAUUGCGUAAUUGUAAAAAUGAAUUAUUUUUUUUUAGUAUAACGUCGAAUGUAUGACAAAUGUAGUAAUAAAUGAAUAACAACAAA